UGGGGAGGUUGCGCUCAUAAUGUACGCUUUGGCUACGACUUCUCAAAAGCUUUUAUUGACGAUGUUGAGUUGUCCUACUGGACCACACGUGGUUGGCAUCAACCCUUCUGGUUCGGUCCUACUCCUGUUGAACUUCCGGUUGGCCGCAGUCCCCGACAUCUUACUGCCCAGAGCGCCCCGACGUCAUGGCAAUUGAACUUGGUCCCAAGCCUAAGGACGAGAGAAGGUUCGGAAGCUGGCUGGUGGGCAGAAAGAGAUGGCUAUCUGAAAAAUUCACGUCCAAGAGGGCUUAGACAGACAAAAGUGGGCCAGGCAGGACAGGAAAGAUUGGCGGCUCUAGAGGAAGGAGAAAAAGAGAGGCUGGAUUAUCAACAAGGGCAAGAUGAUAGAGAUCGAAUUCGAGGGGCAAAUUUCAAGCGUAUUUCCAAGAGA